CAUUAUUCCACUUGAUUCACUCCUCCCAUCGAUCCAGCAAGCGGAGCGGGAGGGGGAGCCAAGCCAAGCCCAAGCCCAAGCCCUAGCCAGAAAUCCACCAUGUCCGACCACAUCGACCUCAACGCCGCCGCCGUCCCCCAAACCCUAGCCCCCUCCAAGCGCGGCCGCGGCCGCCCCCGCAAGAACCCCCCGCCCCCGCCCCCCGCCCCGGCCCCCGGCAUCGCCGCCCCCCCGCCCCCCGCGGCGCCGGAUCCGGCCGCCCCAGCCCAUGCCCUACCCGGGUCUGGCCCCUCGGCCUUCGCCCCCAAGGACCUGGUCUGGGGCAAGAAGCUCUCCCACCCGUCCUGGCCGGGGGAGGUCCUCUCCGUGGCGUCCGGCGGCACACAGCUCCUCGUCUCCUUCUUCGGCGAGAAGGCCCUCGCCUGGUGCGACGCGGCCCAGCUCAGGCCCUACGAGGCCUACUUCCCCGUGGGGGAGCUCUACGACGGCGAGGCCGACGACUUCGACGCCGCCGUCGACGCCUCCCUCGACGAGUUCUCCAGCCGCGUCCAGGCCGCCCUCACCGCCGCCGCCGACGCCCCCGCCUCCCUCAGGCGGCCCUUUGUGCCGCGGGAUUUCCUCGGGUCGCUCCAGGAUUUGGCCGCCGACCGCAUGGGCUUCAGCAACCGGGUGCAGGCCGCCAUCACCAAGGCGCAUCUCAGGGCCCUGGAUGCGUUCAGGGGUCUCCCUGACCCCCCUGUGUACACCUUGGAGCUCGGUAUAGCGAAUGCUGAUGCUUUGGCUGCUCCUUCCCCCAUGGAUCGGGGCAGGAGGAGUGCAAGGGAGGUUAACUGCGACUCGUCCGCGACCCCGCCGUCCCGGAGGGGGAGGAAGAGGAAGGAGGAGGUCCAGGAGGCCGAUUCCGAUGAGGACUGGGACCCGCGCAAGAAGGGGGGCAGUGACUCUGAUACUGAUGUGGACAUUGAGCGUAGGAGGGCUCGGAGGGGCAGGGGUAGCGGUAGCGCCACACCACGCGGUGGCGGGAGCGGGAGGCCACGUGGGAGGCCUAGGAAGACGGAUUCUGCUGCGAAGCCCUCACAGCCCUCAAAGGUGAAGGAUGAGGAGGUGGAAGAGAAAAUAGAGUAUCCAUCGGCCGCCGAAUUGUUGCUUCAUCUCACAUCAGUUGCUUCUGAUCCAUUCAAUUUCAAGGGUUAUGAUUCUGUGGGUGUGAUCUUUAGCUUCUUCUCGAAGCACAAGGGCUCGAAAGUGCCGAGCGCUUCGGAUGAUAAAGAGCUGUUGGAGAUAUUUGGUGGUAAGAAAGGAAGGAAAAAGUCCGUUGGAAGUUUUACCAAGGCGAAACAUGAGAUUGAGGCAGAACAAUUGGAGUUGGAGACCGUGGAUGGCCAGAGGGGCAGGAGGAAAUCCGCGGGGGGCAUUUACUCGGCUCGCAAGGCGGAAGAUUCUUACUGGUGUGACAUUAUCAUCAGCGAUUUUGACGAUGGAGACACAUCAAGUGAUUAUGAAGGCCGCAAAAGGAAGCGGGUGUCUCAGAAUAGGAGUGGCAAUAAGAAGACGAAGCAGGAAGCGGCGCCUCAAGAUGAGGCUUCUACUGAUCUUCCAGAUGAGAAACCAGCAGAUGGUCCAGCAGCUUUGAUUUUAUACUUUGGUAGUGCAGAAUCCAUUCCUUCUGUGGAUCGUAUCAACAACGUGUUCCGUGCUCAUGGAGCGAUCAUCGAGGGCCAGACUGAGAUCACCAGGAAGGCAAAGACUGCCAAAGUAGUCUUCUCUAACCAUGCUGAUGCGGAGCAAGCCUAUAGCACUUCAGGAAAGUACAAUGCUUUUGGUCCAGCGCUUCUCACAUAUGAAAUUAAAUACCUGCCAUCUGCUCCUCAAAUUCCUUAGACGGCGCCGGCUAAGGCGUCUAUCUUAUCAUUGGAGGGAACUGCAUUAUGAAGACGGGAGCAGGGGAACAUAAGUGCGUGUCACCGACUUAGAUCUAGGAGAUUCGCUGACCAGAUCAUGUGGGUUAUUGAGUUGGCCAGUUGAGUGAGAAAAGUUGUAGGUUCUCUCUCUAGUUUCAUGUAUCUGGAAGACUGCCUGUGUACUUGGGGUCAGAGGUGGUUUAAACUGUGUGUUAGAUGGUACCUUGGUAACUUGUCCUGUUGUAUGUUUUGUCUAGAAGUCAUUGCACAGCUGUGGAUGUUUAUGGUACUAUGUUGUGUCCUCUUA